UUGAUUCAUGAACAUGUAUCUAUAAUACACUCUUGCGCACGCGUGUUAUCUUUAUUUGCUCGGAAACCGCGUAAAAUUUUUCAAAUGUAAUAAACAAUACGUAAAGGUCACGGCACAAGCUAAUUCGAUUCGUGAAUUUAAAAGUUCAUUACGCGAGAUACAACAUUAGAAUUAACAAAGAACACGUUUUCAAAUAGCCGAUCGUGAGUAACAAAUUCGACAAAAAAAAGUUUCAUCAUUUUUGGUUGAUUAAAUUGAAAAAAACCCGUUCAUUGUGGGAUUAAUAAUUGAUUGAUAAUGGAAUGUACGGAAAUUACAUCAGCGAAUCAACACGCAGAUUAACUUAUCCUUCGAGUUGUUUUUUAUCUCAUAUUCGUCAUGACUGAUUAUAUGUGAAACAUGAAACGCUUGUUGCGAUUCAGACGCGGUUCACGUUUCACCGUGAGAUGUUACAAACUACCGAGCGACUCUCGAUAUUUUGACAACUUAUUACGUGAGUCGCUGUAUUGAUAUUUGGUUUAUUUCGACGAAACAAUAAGUUUAAAUGUCAAAACAAAAUUGAAGACCGUAUCGUUUAAAAAAUUAUUAUUAGCGAUUUUGAUAUUGUGCGUCGGUAACUAUUUUCAAUUAUUAUUCCACUUGGAAAAACUAACAACAUGGCAGACGGUUUUUUAAUAUUAUGCACCAUUGCUAUAACAAUUCUCACACUUUACUACUACUAUACUUCGACCUAUGAUUUCUGGAAAAAACGUGGCAUACCCGGACCGCAACCCUUAAUUAUUUUCGGUAAUUUCGGAUCUCUGAUAAGUAAAAGAAUAUCGUUCAGCAGUUACAUAAAGACAAUAUACGAAAAAUACAAACACGAACCAGUUUGUGGAAUAUUCCAAGGAAGUACUCCUAUUCUCAUCGUUAAUGAUUUAAACCUUAGCAAGGAUGUUCUUAUCAGAGACUUCUCGCUUUUUGCACACCGAGGGAUCCCUACAUUUCCAAAGAUCGAUCCAUUAACAGAACAUCUUUUCGCGUUAGAACCCGAAAGAUGGCGACCAUUGAGGGCAAAGCUCUCGCCCGUGUUCACGACCGGCAAACUCAAAGAAAUGUUUCCCCUCAUAAUAGAAUGCGCAAAACAUUUGGAAGAAUAUCUGGACAAAAUGAUAAAAAACGGAGAGCUUGUAGAAUGUCGCGAAAUGGCAGCGAAAUACACGACCGACGUGAUCGGUAGCUGUGCUUUUGGAAUUGAAAUGAAUGCCUUUAAAGACAAGAAUAGCGAGUUUCGACGAAUAGGCAAACAAGUGUUCACUCCUUCUCUGCAACAAGUGUCUCAAGAACUUUGCAGACAAUUUCUGCCGAGAUUAUACAAUAUAAUUGGCCACCUGUUGCAACCAAAAGAAGUUGCUAAAUUCUUUACGAAUGCGAUCGUAGGCACGAUGAAAUACAGAAAAGAGAACAAUAUCGUUCGGCCUGAUUUUGUUAACGUGUUGAUGGAACUUAAAGAGAAUCCAGAAAAGUUGGAAAAUCUUGAAUUUACGGACCAAUUGCUCACCUCGCAAGCAUUUAUCUUUUUCCUAGCUGGAUUUGAAACUUCCUCGUCAACGAUGAGCUUUGUGCUUUACGAAUUAGCGCAGAAUCAGCACAUACAGGACAAGUUACGGGCAGAAAUCAGAGAAAAAAGCACGCAGAAUGGUGAAUUGACAUACAAUCAAGUGAAAGAAAUGAAAUAUCUGGAUGCAGUGUUUCGAGAGACACUGAGAAAGUACUCAAUACUGCCAAUAUUGAUGAGACAAGUAUCCGAAGAUUACACAUUUAGAGAGACAAAAAUUACAAUUCCAAAAGAUACAUUAAUUUGGAUACCGAUAUAUGCGAUUCAAAAUGACCCCGAUAUUUAUCCAGAUCCAGUAACUUUUAACCCUGAAAGAUUUACAGACGAAGCGAUCGAGAAAAGACAUCCUAUGAGUUUCCUGUCUUUCGGUGACGGACCUAGGAACUGUAUAGGUGCCCGUUUUGCGCAUUAUCAAAGUAAGAUCGGACUUAUCUCUAUUCUUCGAAAUCAUAAAGUCGAUGUUUGUGAAAAAACGACGAUUCCAUUCGACAGUGACCCCCGAAAUUUCUUGCUAACGCUUAAAGAUGGAGUAACUUUGAAAGUAACGGAAGUACAAUGAUUUUUAUAAAUUUUUCAUCUUACAAUUCAAUAAAUAGACAAAAUUAUAUAAAUAUGAACAUGUAUGUUAUUCAUUGUUAUAAUAAUUUUGAUGUUACCAAU